AUGGCUAACAGGUGUUUGGACAUUCGAAAACUCAAUGAAAACACUGGGAUUCCCCUGAAUCUUCUUGAAAACCAUAGCCCUUGGCCAGCCUAUGUCACAUAUACAUCCCCAAUGGUGAAAAGACUUAUUGAGAACAGCAAAGCAAGAGAACUCCAAUGUAGGCGUACUCUGGAGGAAAAUCAAUUGCUCUUGAGGCACAAGUCUUUCAACAUCCCCCCGCUAAAAAAGAGAAAGUCAACCAAGACCUCUGUCAACACACUCAAGGACUUAAGGUCAAAGACUGCAUUAUCAAUGUGGGACACAUCCCCAGUGACAGUCAUGGCUCCACCAGCUAUCCCCAAAUCCAGUAACUUUCCUAUGGAUUCCAGAGAUGGUCCCACUGCAAACUAUAACAAAAUCAUCUUCUGUCGAAAACCUUUGAUGAGGAUGCUUCCAUACAGCUCACUUCAGGCCAGCAAGAAGAAAUAG